AUGCUGUCUUUCAUAUAUGUUGUUCUCCUAAUUGUAAUCGUUGAUGUUCAACUGCUAGACGCUGAAGCACACACGUUCAUUUCGGGAGUUGUUAAUGGGGAACUUUACGAAGAUGUUUUGGUCAAUGAAGAUAGUCAAAAAAACUCUGAAAAUGGUCAACGGGUAAGACGUCAGCAUCAUUUUUGCAACAAAGCAAAACGUUCGAUUCCUAGAGUUGAAGGGACCGCUGAACUUCGGUCAAAUCGAGUACCACGUUACAAUUUUCCAAGUCAAGCAGAAAGUUCAAUAUUUCUGAUGAUUUUUUGUCAGCCAGCUGAACCGAAAAAGCCACAAUGCUACAAGAAUGCAGAUGGUCGUAACAAAUAUUUUUCGCUUGUUGGAAAAUUUAAAAAAGAACUUUUUAUUUUGCAGAGACUUUAG